UUCCCCCUGUGGGCUGCUCUUCCUAAGGGAAGCUUGGGCCAUUCAAGGGGGGCUCUGUCAGCAACUCUCCAAAACGGCAGGCGGUAAGCCGAUAAGGCAGAAUCCAUUCCCUAUCGCAUGUCCCGCGUCAGAUUUCACGAUGCCAACUGGCAGUCGCCAAUGUUUGCAACACAUCCCACUUGAACUCGAACAAUGACACAACAAGACGGAGAAUGGAGUCAAGUCAGCCGGAAGCGCGGGCGCAUACGGCAUGUACCGAAGCCCAAGACGGAUGUGGAUGAGAGCAAGGAGAACGGGCUGGGAAUCCGACCAAAUCCAAACCCCGAAUUCACAGUUAGCGACAUUCACAGGCAUCACGACACGGCCAGGCAAGAGUGGCAGAUAUCGGAUUGCUGGAAGACCCUGAAGGAUCUACUUGUCACAGCUCUAUCCGAGUCCAACCAUCCACCCAUUACCAAAGCCAUCUGUUUUGGACCCGGUCCAUAUGAUCCUAGCAAUGGCAGCUUUGCGGCCAGGCGAACCGCUCAUAUGCAGACCGCGGCCUUUUGCGCGAUUGUGGACUUCCUAGAAUCUCAAUGUGAACACAAAAUCAAGCGUGUCAUCCAGGAGCCCAUGUUCACUCAGAUCGACAAGGAUUUCUGUGUCGAACUUGGGUUCCAAGUUGCCGAUACUCCAGAUGCGUUUCCCAUGGUCGAUGAACAGACUUUGGUUUAUGGCAUUCACAUGGAGCUUCGUACUUACUACCUUGCUCUGGCGACACUCCCAACUGCAUUCAUCGGCGGUGGCUUGAAUGAAUGGGAAAGGGUCAUCGACUUUGACCCCAGCCUCAAGGAGUUCAUUGGUCCCAUUUCCAAGAUGGAUGCCACUUACACCAAGUAUCCUUUCCCCGACAUGAACUACAUCUUUUCCAGCACGACCAUGUAUUGGCGGAAGGGGGAUGACGCUCCUAAAAUCCCAAGCAGCCGGAAAGCGGCCCUGUCAGAAAGCCCCCAGGCAUCGAAGCAGACAUCGGACAUUGCUGAAGCACUGGAAGGCUUGAAGUUGUCGGAGCAAGCAUCGGAAGAGAAUUCAUCUGAGCCGGAGUCUUCAAAACCUACUGAGAAACCCACGGAACUGGAAGGCUCCAAAGAGUCAAAGCCGCUGACGACUGAGGAGUGAUGGUCAUUCCUUGCCAAGAGCGCUUGGUAAUCCAUCAUCUUUCUCCUAUACUCAUGUUCAAUGGUUCGUUUGUUCUGCAUUCUCACACAUGAUACCGGACUUUGUUACCAUCCGCCUGCUUGUGGAAUGGGUUUUGCUCUCAUGGCGCGCUCGGGGUCUGUUUCACUCUCGGCCACCCAGUCCUCUUGACUUCUUUAUGAGCGAUGAUGGCAACCGGGACUU